CCCGCGGCCGCUUCCCCAGCGCCGAGCUCGGCGCGAGGCCGCGGUGACGAGCGGCGGCUGCGCGGCCAUGGGCGCGCCGGUGUCGCCCUAGGACGGGCGCGCAGAGAGCGCAGCUGGAGGGCCGCCUCGGCAGGCAGCCUCCUCGAGCGGCGGCGGCGGCGGGCGCAGCGCGGCCGGGAUGAGCGGCAGCGGCGCGGCGCCCGGCCCGGGCUCGGGCUCCUCCCCGGCCGCCUGCCGCUUCGCGCACUACUUCGUGCUGUGCGGGAUCGAUGCGGACAGCGGGCUGGAGCCCGACGAGCUGGCGGUUUUGUACCAAUGGCUAGAAGCAGAUCGUCAUGGCAAGAGCCAAGAUGCUGCAAAUACGACUUCAGGUGAAAAUUUUGACCAGAGUCCUUUGAGAAGAACAUUCAAAUCCAAAGUUCUGGCCCACUACCCUCAGAAUAUAGAAUGGAACCCUUUUGAUCAAGAUGCAGUGAACAUGCUGUGCAUGCCCAAAGGGCUGUCUUUCAGAACACAAACUGACAAUAAAGACCCUCAGUUCCACUCGUUUAUCAUCACCCGGGAAGACGGUUCUCGCACCUAUGGCUUUGUUCUCACUUUUUAUGAAGAAGUUACGAGCAAGCAGAUCUGCACAGCCAUGCAGACGCUCUACCAGAUGCACAACGCGGAGCAUUACAGCAGCGUUUACGCCUCGUCCUCCUGCAGCAUGGACUCGCUGGCAAGCAGUCUCGAUGAGGGCGACACAACUUCCCUUUUGAAGCUCCAGCGAUACAACUCCUAUGACAUCAGCAGAGACACCCUGUAUGUUUCCAAAAGUAUAUGUUUGAUCACCCCGCUGCCUUUCAUGCAGGCCUGCAAGAAAUUCCUCAUCCAGCUUUACAAGGCAGUUACCUCCCAGCAGCCGCCACCUUUGCCACUGGAAAGCUACAUCCAUAAUAUUCUCUAUGAGGUACCCCUCCCACCUCCGGGGAGAUCACUGAAAUUUUAUGGUGUUUAUGAACCCGUCAUCUGCCAGAGGCCUGGACCCAACGAACUCCCGCUCUCCGAUUAUCCUCUUCGAGAGGCCUUUGAGCUCCUGGGCUUGGAGAAUCUGGUGCAAGUGUUCACCUGUGUUCUUCUCGAGAUGCAGAUCCUUCUCUACUCACAAGAUUAUCAGCGCCUGAUGACUGUGGCGGAAGGCAUCACCACACUUUUGUUCCCAUUUCAAUGGCAGCAUGUUUAUGUGCCCAUCCUCCCUGCUUCCCUGCUGCAUUUUCUUGAUGCUCCUGUCCCUUAUCUGAUGGGCCUUCAGUCAAAAGAAGGAACUGACCGUUCUAAGCUAGAACUUCCUCAAGAGGCUAAUUUGUGCUUUGUGGAUAUUGACAACCAUUUUAUUGAGCUGCCUGAAGAAUUCCCACAGUUCCCCAAUAAGGUGGAUUUUAUCCAGGAACUCUCUGAAGUUCUUCUUCAGUUUGGGAUCCCUCCAGAAGGCAGCCUGCACUGCAGUGAGAGUGCCACCAAACUGAAGAAUCUGGUUCUGAAAGACUUGGUCAAUGACAAGAAGAAUGGCAAUGUCUCUGCUAACAGCAUCAGCAUGUACGAGUUACUCAAGGGCAAUGAAACCAUAGCCCGCCUCCAGGCUCUGGCCAAGCGGACCGGUGUGACAGUGGAAAAAACGGACCUCUCUGCCCCUCUGGGUGAAAAAGAAAAGGAUUUAAAACUGCAAUGCGAAGAGGCAGAACUAAGGGACUACCAGCUCAACGUCCAGCUCCGAGAGGUCUUUGCUAACCGCUUCACACAGAUGUUUGCAGAUUACGAAGCGUUUGUGAUUCAGACUGCCCAGGACAUGGAAUCCUGGCUGACCAACCGGGAGCAGAUGCAGAACUUUGACAAAGCUUCCUUUCUGUCUGACCAGCCUGAGCCUUACCUGCCAUUUCUUUCACGCUUCAUUGAAACACAGAUGUUUGCCACCUUUAUUGAUAAUAAAAUUAUGUCUCAGUGGGAAGAGAAGGAUCCUCUGCUUCGCGUCUUUGACUCUCGGAUUGAGAAGAUAAGACUGUAUAAUGUGAGGGCACCCACCUUGAGGACAUCUAUAUAUCAGAAAUGCAGCACUUUAAAAGAAGCAGGUCAACUCUUUAGGCAGAGGCUGUCUGCUGUUGACAUUGUGGCACCAGAACCUCAUGAUUUCUGUGCAGAAAGACAAGAAGUUGAUACCCAAUCAAUUGAGCAGCGACUGAUGAAAAUGGAUCACACUGCAAUCCACCCACAUCUGCUUGAUAUGAAAAUUGGUCAAGGCAAAUAUGAGCAAGGGUUCUUUCCAAAGUUACAAUCCGAUGUCUUGGCAACAGGACCAACGAAUAACAAUCGCUGGGUAAGUCGGAGUGCCACCGCACAGCGCAGGAAAGAGCGCCUUCGCCAACGUUCCGAGCACAUUGGACUGGACAACGACUUGAGGGAGCCUUCCGGGGAACUUUUGGUUCAGAACUCCAUGGCAUUCUGGGAGUGGGAUCAGGGUCCACCUCCUCCUGCACGACUUCCUAAAAAAUCCUUCUCUGAGUACUGCCUGAAAUAUAUGCAAGAGGCACGAAGUUUAGGAAAAAACCUGAGGCAACCCAAAUUAUCAGACCUCUCUCCAGCGGUGAUUGCACAAACCAACUGGAAAUUUGUGGAAGGCUUAUUAAAAGAAUGUAGAAUGAAGACAAAGCGCAUGUUGGUAGAGAAGAUGGGACACGAAGCAGUGGAACUGGGCCAUGGAGAAGCGAACAUAACCGGCUUAGAGGAGAACACCUUGAUCGCCAGCCUCUGUGACCUCCUGGAAAGGAUAUGGAGCCAUGGCUUGCAGGUUAAGCAGGGGAAGUCGGCUUUGUGGUCACAUUUAAUUCAGUUUCAGGACAGAGAAGAGAAACAAGAGCACCUCGCAGAAUCGCCAGUUGCCCUGGGACCAGAAAGAAGAAAAUCUGACUGCGGAGUUAUGUUGCCAACUCUCAGGGUCUCUCUUAUCCAAGACAUGAGGCAUAUUCAAAACAUGAGUGAGAUCAAGACUGAUGUUGGACGAGCUCGGGCAUGGAUAAGAUUGUCUCUAGAAAAGAAACUCUUGUCCCAGCAUCUCAAGCAGUUGCUGUCUAACCAGCCACUCACCAAGAAGCUGUAUAAGCGUUAUGCUUUUCUACGUUGUGAAGAAGAAAGGGAGCAGUUUCUUUACCAUCUUCUUUCCCUCAAUGCUGUGGACUAUUUCUGCUUCACCAGUGUGUUCACCACUAUCAUGAUUCCCUAUAGGUCAGUGAUCAUCCCCAUCAAAAAGCUGAGCAAUGCCAUCACCACCUCGAACCCUUGGAUCUGCGUGUCGGGUGAGCUGGGAGACACGGGAGUAAUGCAGAUUCCCAAAAAUCUCCUCGAAAUGACUUUUGAGUGCCAGAACCUGGGGAAGCUGACAACUGUUCAGAUUGGUCACGAUAACUCGGGACUGUUAGCCAAAUGGCUAGUGGAUUGUGUGAUGGUCAGAAAUGAAAUCACAGGACAUACAUACAGGUUCCCAUGUGGGCGGUGGCUGGGGAAAGGCAUUGACGAUGGAAGCCUGGAGAGAAUUCUCAUUGGAGAAUUGAUGACAUCAGUGGCAGACGAGGAUCUGGUGAAGCAGUGCCGGACUCCACCCCAGCAGAAGUCUCCCACCACAGCUAGGAGACUCAGCAUCACUUCACUGACAGGAAAAACUGCCAAACCCAGUGCUGGACAGAUCCAAGAAGGAAUUGGAGAAGCUGUGAACAAUAUCGUGAAACAUUUUCACAAGCCAGAAAAAGAGAGAGGAAGCCUCACCCUGCUGCUGUGCGGGGAAAAUGGCCUGGUUGCAGCCCUUGAACAAGUCUUCCACCACGGGUUCAAAUCCGCCCGCAUCUUUCACAAGAACGUCUUCAUCUGGGACUUCAUAGAGAGAGCGGUGGCUUAUUUUGAAACCACUGACCAGAUUCUAGACAGUGAAGAUGAUGUCCUUAUUCAGAAAUCAUCCUGCAAAACCUUCUGCCACUAUGUAAAUGCUAUUAAUACCGCACCCAGGAACAUUGGGAAGGACGGCAAAUUCCAGAUUUUUGUUUGCCUUGGAACACGGGAUCGCCUCCUCCCACAGUGGAUCCCAUUGUUAGCGGAGUGUCCCGCCAUCACGCGAAUGUACGAGGAGAGCGCCCUCCUGCGAGACCGCAUGACCGUCAACUCGCUCAUCCGCAUCCUGCAGACCAUCCAGGACUUCACCAUAGUCUUAGAAGGAUCGCUCAUCAAAGGAGUGGAUGUGUAACCCAAUGGCUAGAAACUCUCAGUCCAGGCCCCUUGCUCCUGAACCGUCCCCAACUCCGGGCACCAAUUUGGACUUGUCUGAAGAGGUCGUGAGCCACUGCGGGGGGCGGCGCACCGUACCCCCCCCCCCCCCCCCCCCCACUGAACAAUCCUCACGCUACAGACAAGGAAAAUGCUGUAUUGUAGUUCAUUUGAACCAGGAAUUUAGUAUAAAAUAGAGUAUUUUCAUGUGUUAGAUGUGUGUAAAUAUGCUAUCUUCUUUAAGAAAUUAUAUUACUCUAAUACAAUACUUUUCUUAGAUUGAAUAUUCCUGUGACUUAAACUAAGUAGCUUGAAAGCACUGGGAGUUGGUGGGGAAGAGUGGUGCUAGUCAGGAAGAAGCCAGUAGACCUGUAAAUAGAGUGCAAGCCAGUCGGGCUUUUGUUUCCUCCAGGUACCAGGAGGAACCCAGAAUGCAUUGUUCUGUCGUGUCCAUCCAUCCUUCCAUCCUGGUGUCUGAUCCUUUGUAUUGUGAAUGUAAACAGCUUUACCUACUGUAUGAGAUAGUCCUCACUGUACCUUUUCAGUUACAAAUGGUUUCAUACAUUUGAAUUGAGUCACUUUUCCAGUCUUUGGAAAAUUUUUUUCUGUCGGCACAAGAUGAAGAUAUACUUCAAAUAUUUUAAAUACUGGACCCCAGGAGCUUGGCUGAGCUGGAAAGAGAACACACAAAGCCCUGAGAAGUGCGUUAAAUUGUGGGAUUAUAACUUCUUUACACUUUGGAAAGAUUAGCCUAGACUAACUUCAUUCUUGGCAUUUUUAUUGUUAUUUGAGGUACUUUGGGGAGAUGUGAAUUUCAAAGAGUUGGCCUCCUGGUCGUAAGAAGUGCGGACAGCAGCUUGAUUCCGUACUUUUCACUUGUUCAUCUGAACCCUGCGCAGUCCCUCACCUCUUAAGGAUAACCACAAGCCCCGUCUUUGUUAGGUUCCAGUCAGCCCUCCCCUCGCCCUGGGCCCAUCCCCCUCUCAGGAAAUGGAAGGAAUGUCUAAGAAGGAGGAGGGCUCUGUGUGGCUUGGAAUGUUUUUGUGAAAGUAUUUGUUGACCAUGAUAAUGCAAAUAACAGAAGGGGAGAGAAAGAAUGAACCCUUUCUGGGUGGUUCGGGGCAAGCUUUCUGUUCCUUUGUAAGAGGGGGUAAUAAUGUAAAACAAGGGGCCCCGAGAAGGUAAAAGCCAGUACAGCACAGGCUGGGAAAAUGGAAGCAAAACAAGAGGCGACAGUCUUGAAAGACCAAAUGUGGCGAGUGACUUUCCAGCUUGGUGUUUUAUAAGGAAGUUGAAUAAAUGUGGUGUCGGCUCGUUCCUGCAAGUCUUCACCCUCCCGUGGGCCCUGUGACUCUAAUUAGGCAUUUGCACUUUGCUAGCAGCGAAAUUGCCUCAGCAGUGCUAGGCUUGUUCCCCGUUGUGGCUGAGAAGCAAAGCCCGACCUCUCAGGCCCCUUGUACAAGCCGGGGCUCCUGGGCUUUAGCAGUGGUGUCAUUGCCCUUAUUUCCUGGAGGAAGAACCCGAUGGAACCAGUGCCUCCCUCCCUGCAUCGAUCACAGUAUUCAGCCGGGGCAGCCCAGGUGCACCCCCUGUCCACAGGUGACUAAGUACUUGGGGAGGAAAGGGGGAGGCAAAGGCAGCACUGAGAAGCCCAUGCAAGGUUUAAGAAGACAGUUCUGGGUGACCUGGGUAGGCCAGACAUCGGUCUGCUGAGGGUAAAGUGUGUCCACAGUGGCUGUUCCAGGGACGUGGAAAGUCCCUUACGUGUUUCAGUGAUCAGCAAGCGCAGAAUGAGCCAAUCCAGGGUUUGUUCUUAUUACCUGUUCCAUAAGGCCACUGUGGACAACCAGAGGGAUGACUUGGACAGCAUACUAGAGGCGAGUCAUCUAGUCCAGCCUUCUCAUUUUAUAGCUGGGAACGCUUGAGGAUCAGAGAGAUGAAACACUUAGCCCUGCAGCUGGUCAGUGACAACACAGGGUCAAGAACUCGUGUUUAUUAUUACACUGGGCUGCGUGAAACGGACCUCCAAGGCAUUCAUAUUGCUAGUUUCUCCACCCUGGGAUCUUUAUUCAUCCACCUAUACAGGUAGGAAAUAAGGAUUAAUAUUCAUUUAUAAUAAUCAUUUAUAAGGAUUAAUAUUCAUUUUAACAAAUUGUUCUCAAGAAUGAUACCAGAACUGACACAUCCUCUAGAAUGCCAGGCCCUUUAAACGAGUCGCCUUGGGAGCCCAUGUCAUUAUUCCAGAGAUGCAGCCAGUGCUCCUGACACAUAGGGACCUUCCUGUAAGCUGGGUGAGUGGCCUACAGCCCAUCCUUUUGAAUAUUACCAGUGAUAGUAAAUCUUGGCCUUUCAGAAGAAAUUUAAUAUUUGGAAACAACAAAAAGUCCUUAGGAUCCAAAUUGGUGAACAAAAAGGGUGCUUAAGCAGAGCUUGGGGCCGUAAAAGAAACACAGUUCUAAAGAAAUGACUUAGUUCUUAUGCGGCUGUUAUAAACUUGAGAGAGAGCUCUGUGUCUUUGAGCCAAUACCAAAAUAUUUUGAGCAGGACAGUAGCAGACUCUUCAGAAUAAAUGCACAGUAGCCUUCCAAGCUACUUUUAGAAAGACCUCACCCAUAGACUUAGCCUUUCUAUUAUGUUAAUUUUUAAAAUUAGUAUAUUGCUUUAUAAGCACCUCAAAGUUAAAGUAAUAAAAAUCGAUUUUGUAAUUGACUGUUUUCCUCAAAAUAAGUUAAAAGUAAUGCCUGGAACCAUAAUUAGUAUUUUCACAUAAUAAUAAUAGAUUGAGAAGAAUUUUUUUAAUUAAAUUGCCAAAAAUAUUACCUCUUGAAACAUUUAUUUUCCAAGUGUUUUCAAAUAUCCUGAAACUCCUCAUCUCAACUUUGUGACACAGUAGCAUUAGACCGAUGUUGGUAUUAUGUAUAAGACCCUCUUAUGUAUAAUGACCCUGGUUGGGACUCAUGAACGCCUUAAAAUGACUGAGGCUCAGUGUGGGGUGGUAUAGAGUAGGUAGGGUCCUGCGUGGGAAAAAACAGGAUACUGAGAACAAAAGUAAGGCCUCCCAACCCUUCCCAUCCUCUUUUCCACUGAGGAGUGAGAAUUUGAUAUAAGAAAGCUAAAACUUGCAAAAGUUUGUGAUUUCCCUCUAAAAUUUAUUUCAAGUGUUUCACACAUUUUUAUACCUUUUGUAACCCUGAGGUAUUUACUUUAACGUGGCUUUUUAAAAAAUCAUUUUAAUGAACUUCUGUCAUGUUAUAUGAAUGAUAUAGGGGAAAUACUGAAUUGCUCAUAUUUCCUUUUUUUGGCAAUAAAGCACUGUUGUAUGUAAAUGUUAGUGAAAGAGGAGUGGAGACCAUACGUAACAGUUUGUAGAAUACGUUGACGCCUCUAACAUAUUCUGAAACAUGAGGCAGCAGACGAGGACCUCAGAUCCCCAGGGAAAUAUUUAUUUGACAGCAUUGGGAGUGUAGCUCUUAAUAAUGAAAUACCUUCUUUAUGCUAAGAACUAUGAUUUUUCAGUAGAUUUCCAUUUUAAGAACUGUAUUUUCUCUGUGAGGUUUACAGAAACUAGUCUAUUUCUUUUCACCAUGUUGAAAGGACAAUCUGAACCUUCGCUCUUUUUGUUUCAGUAUUAACGCACCUUCAUUGACUGAGAAUGGAGUCUUGAGCUCUUCUCUACUCUUAUAAACCGAGUCCUAUUUCCAAGUCAUUUCUGUCUUUUGAAGUCCCUGUUCCUUAUAUAAGUAUUUGUUACCUGACCAUUUAGCAUAAAAAGAAGACAGAAACGAAUAAUGAACUACUAGGCCCUGUUUCUGUUACAGUACAUGUAUAAAUCUCUUGAAUCAGACUGAUUUCCAAGCUUUUUGAGGGGGGUGCUGAUGGAGUGUGAUCAGCAGAAUCCCAGGAGAGCCUUGUCCUCCCAGAUAUUACUAGAGCUGAUCGUCCUUUCAAGGACAAAAUAAAGAUGGGCUCCAGAAGGGUAUCACAUUGAGCAAUUAAUGCCAGAGUGGGAAAAAAAUCAUCCCCAAAUUGCUCCUCGUUUGAAGGAAUCCAGGGUAUCCCUGGGUCACAGCGGAGGGAAUUGUGCUUGAUCUAGUCACCUGAAUGUAUUUGUGUGUGGCUCCAGGCUUUAUUCCAAACACCAAAUCUGGGUGAGAGUAGAGAGGUAUGGUCAGGAGAUCCUUUGUCAAUCAAAUGAGGGUGUGAAACAUAUAGAAAAAAAUCCUCUAUAUUACACUUGAACCGUGUAUAAAUAUACCCUGUAUAUCUUUUUUUAAAUGAGCAUUUCUCCAUUUAAAUUAUAUUGUUUUUCUUUGUAUUGUUUAACAAAAUGCAUCAGAACUGGAUUUUCUUUUUCUCAUCUGAACAUAAUAUAAAAUUGAAAGAGUAUUGUGAUAUCAAGCACUUUAACAUACAUAUCAGAGAAACUGACGUGGGUUUUUCAGGUUUUGGAGUACAUAUAAAUAUGACUUUUCAUGCUUUGUUCUUUACAAAUAAAACUGUGG